AUGGAGCCCCGGGCACCCGCGGCGGGCGAGCCCGAGCCUGCGGCCGCGUCCUCCUCCUUCCACGCGCGGUUCUGGAGGAACCUGCAGCUGGGGGUGGGCAAGGGCAAGGGCGGCGCGGGUGGGCGCGCGGGGGGCGCGGAGCGCCGCACUGCGGACACCCCGUCCCCGUCCCCGCCGCCCCCGAGGCCCACGCGGGACGCGCUGCCCGGCGUGGCGAGCUCGGGCAGCAGGUGGAGCGGCUUUAAGAAGCGGAAACAAGCGCUGGACAGGGUCUUCUCGUCCUCCCAGCCCAACCUGUGCUGCUCCUCGCCGGAGCCGCUGGAGCCCCGCGGCGCGGGCCGAGCCGAGCAGGGGUCCGCGCUGCGCCGCCGGAUCCGGGAUCAUCUGCUGCCCGUGGCCAGGGGCCCCGCGGCGGGGACGCCUCCUGGCGGGCUCUCCCCGGACUCGGCGCCGUCCUCGUCGUCCGCCUCGUCUUCCCUGUCCUCGUCUCCCCAGCCGCCCCCGAGGGGCGACCGCGCCGGGGAUGAGGGCGCGCGGCGUCGGGGCCCCGGGGCGCACCUGUGCCACCAAAAGAGUUCGUCCCUGCCGGGCACCGCUUGCCUGGAGCAACUGCUGGAGCCGCCGCCGCCCCCGGAGGAGCCGGCUCGGAAUCCAGCGGGGCCCGCGACCCCGGAGACCGGCGAGGAGCGCGGCAGCAGCCAGAAAAUACACACCAUUGGAACCAGUAAUGCAGAUGUCCCUUUGGCUGAUCCCGGAAUGUACCAGCUGGACAUUACAUUAAAAAGGGGUCAAAGUUUAGCUGCCCGAGAUCGAGGAGGAACAAGUGAUCCAUACGUGAAGUUUAAAAUUGGAAGAAAAGAAGUUUUUAGAAGUAAAAUAAUACACAAGAACCUCAAUCCUGUAUGGGAGGAAAAAGCUUGCGUCCUUGUUGAUCAUCUCAGGGACCCAUUAUAUAUAAAGGUGUUUGACUAUGACUUUGGACUACAGGAUGAUUUCAUGGGCUCGGCCUGCCUGGAUCUCACCCAGUUGGAGUUAAACAGGCCCACAGAUGUGACCCUGACUCUGAAAGAUCCCCAUUAUCCUGACCAUGACCUUGGAAUCAUUUUGCUUGCAGUCGUCCUUACCCCUAAAGAAGGAGAACCCAGGGAUGUGACAAUGCUAAUGAGGAAGAGCUGGAAAAGAUCAAGUAAGGAACUUUCAGGAAAUGAAGUGGUUGGAUCUUAUUUCUCUGUGAAGUCUUUCUUUUGGAGGACGUGCAGCAGGCCUGCCCUUCGUGUCCUGGGCUACUGCAGAGCAGAGCUUCAGAGUCCGUAUUAUCAAAAUGUACAAUUUCAGAGUCAAAGUUUGCGUCUGUCAGACCAGCACCGAAAGUCACACCUGUGGAGGGGGAUCGUCAGCAUCACCUUGAUCGAAGGGCGAGAUCUCAAAGCGAUGGAUUCCAACGGGCUAAGCGACCCCUACGUGAAGUUCCGGCUUGGGCACCAGAAGUACAAGAGCAAGAUUAUGCCCAAGACUUUAAAUCCUCAGUGGAGAGAACAAUUUGAUUUUCAUCUCUAUGAAGAAAGAGGAGGAAUCAUUGAUAUUACAGCAUGGGACAGAGAUGCUGGGAAGAGGGAUGAUUUCAUUGGCAGAUGUCAGGUGGACCUGUCGGCCCUGAGUAGGGAACAGACACACAAGUUGGAGCUGCAGCUGGAAGAGGGUGAGGGACACCUGGUGCUGCUUGUCACUCUGACCGCCUCGGCCACCGUCAGCAUCUCUGAUCUCUCCGCCAACUCCCUGGAAGACCAGAAGGAGCGCGAGGAGAUACUAAAGAGAUACAGUCCACUUCGGAUAUUUCACAACUUAAAAGACGUGGGAUUUCUCCAGGUGAAAGUCAUCAGGGCAGAAGGGUUGAUGGCUGCUGAUGUCACAGGUAAAAGUGACCCCUUCUGUGUAGUAGAGCUGAACAAUGAUAGGCUACUAACGCAUACCGUCUACAAAAAUCUCAAUCCUGAGUGGAACAAAGUCUUCACCUUCAACAUUAAAGAUAUCCAUUCAGUUCUUGAAGUGACAGUUUAUGAUGAAGAUCGGGAUCGAAGCGCUGACUUUCUGGGCAAAGUUGCUAUACCAUUGCUGUCUAUUCAAAAUGGUGAACAGAAAGCCUACGUCUUGAAAAACAAGCAGCUGACAGGGCCAACAAAGGGGGUCAUCUAUCUUGAAAUAGAUGUGAUUUUUAAUGCUGUGAAAGCCAGCUUACGAACGUUAAUACCCAAAGAACAGAAGUACAUUGAAGAGGAAAACAGACUCUCUAAACAGCUGCUACUAAGAAAUUUUAUCAGAAUGAAACGUUGUGUCAUGGUGCUUGUAAAUGCUGCAUACUACGUUAAUAGUUGCUUUGAUUGGGAUUCACCCCCAAGAAGUCUCGCUGCUUUUGUGCUCUUUCUCUUUGUGGUGUGGAACUUUGAGCUCUACAUGAUACCCCUGGUUCUGUUGUUACUGUUGACUUGGAACUACUUCUUGAUAAUAUCAGGGAAAGAUAACAGGCAACGUGAUACAGUAGUGGAGGACAUGCUAGAGGACGAGGAAGAAGAAGAUGACAAAGAUGACAAGGACAGUGAAAAAAAGGGAUUUAUCAACAAAAUCUAUGCCAUCCAGGAAGUAUGUGUCAGUGUCCAGAACAUCCUAGAUGAAGUGGCUUCCUUUGGUGAAAGGAUAAAGAAUACUUUCAACUGGACCGUCCCAUUUCUAAGCUGGCUGGCUAUCGUGGCCCUCUGUGUGUUCACAGUCAUCCUAUACUUCAUUCCACUGAGAUACAUUGUCCUUGUCUGGGGCAUCAAUAAAUUUACAAAAAAGCUUCGAAGUCCAUACGCAAUUGAUAACAAUGAACUACUUGACUUCCUUUCCAGAGUCCCUUCAGAUGUACAAGUGGUGCAAUACCAAGAACUGAAACCAGAUCCUUCUCACAGCCCAUAUAAAAGGAAGAAAAACAAUCUUGGCUAGCCAGCUCCCAGCACUGAGGAGACCAGCAUCUGUUUGGGAAGA